AUGGACAAAUACAAAAACCUCUUUAAAGUCAUCUCAAUUCAAGACCUCAUCCUCGGCACCACAACCACCACUAACGCCGUCUCCAUCGACUUCCUCAACCGUUUAUCCCAACGCCUCCAUCUCAACCGUGGUGCCACUCAUUUCCUCCGUAAAUACCCACACAUUUUCCACAUUUUCCAUCACCCCACAAAACUACAACCUUAUUCUACACUCACACAAACUGCACUUAAUAUCACUCAUCAAGAAGCUGCAGCUAUUAAUGCUGAUUUGCAAGUUGUGGUUGACCGUUUAGUUCGUUUGUUGUCGAUGUCGUUGACUAAAGAAUUGCCCCUUAGAGCUAUUUUUAAGGUUUUUAGGGAACUUGGUUUGCCUGAUGAUUUUGAGGAUAGUGUAAUCUUGAAAAGAUCUGAUCUUUUUGCGGUUCUUGAUAGUGGGAAUGAACCAAACACUCAUGUGUUGAAACUUGUUGGGGAUGUAGAGAAGGGGGAGUUAGUUGCAGCUGUUGAUGAUUGGAGAGUAAUGGAAUGUUGUAAAGAGGAUUGUGGGGUUGAUAGGAAUGAGAUUUUGUAUAGUUUUAAGCAUAGUUACCCACCAGGGAUGAAGUUGAGGAGGAAUUUUAAGGCAAAGGUUAAGGAAUGGCAACGGUUGAAGUAUGUAGGGCCGUAUGAGGCGGUGGAGAUUCGAGAGAAGAGGAAGAAGAGUAAGAUUGGGAUGAUGGAGAUGGAGAAGAGGGCGGUUGGGAUUGUGCAUGAGUUUUUGAGUUUGACGGUUGAGAAAAUGGUCGAGGUAGAGAAGAUUAGUCAUUUUAGGAAGUGGUUUGGGAUUGAUUUGAAUAUAAGGGACUUGUUUUUGGAUCAUCCAGGGAUAUUUUAUCUGUCGACGAAAGGGUAUAGACAUACAGUGUUUUUAAGGGAGGCUUAUGAAAGGGGAUGUUUGAUUGAACCAAAUCCAGUGUAUGAGGCUAGAAGGAAGCUUCUUGAUCUUGUUAUUUUGGGACGACGUGGGUUGUCUAGAGGUCAUUCUGAGCCAACGGGUGUGAGCCAGGGUGAAGACGGUGGUAUUGAAGAGGUGAAGACUGAUUCAGAUGAAGAUUGA